GCUGUUUCAUAAAAGAAGUACAGCUCAGCUCUGUUUCACUAGGAUGGAUUCUAUCCUGUGGGAAUGUGGUUAAUCAACUUGACACAUUCACCUAAUACAAUGUAUAUAAUGUGAAAAGAAGAGAUGUGCCAUCUGUAUCUGAAGUCUUCUGAUGGACUGAGUGAAUAAGACUCUGUCAGCACAAAUUUUAUUUCAAUUUUUGAAGAAUCUUAACAAACAAGCAGCAAAAAUAUUGGUAUUAAAGCUAAACCUUCAGUACAUGUGUAUAUGAAAGUUUACAUUGAGUAAUCUGACAGGUCUCAGUAACUGGCUCCCAUUCACAUGUUCAAGGAUGGCAACUAGCUUGAUCUGCACUCUUUUGUUCUUGGAUGUUUUGGUGGGGCAUUCAAGUGGACACAGUCUGUUUUCUUGUGAGCCCAUCAUCUUGAGGAUGUGUCAAGACCUGCCUUACAAUACCACUUUUAUGCCUAAUCUUUUGAAUCAUUAUGACCAGCAAACAGCAGCAUUAGCAAUGGAGCCAUUUCAUCCUAUGGUCAAUUUGGAGUGCUCCAGGGAUUUUCGACCAUUUCUAUGUGCCCUGUAUGCUCCAGUCUGUAUGGAAUAUGGACGUGUCACUUUGCCGUGUCGCAGGCUUUGUCAACGUGCAUACAGCGAAUGUUCCAAACUCAUGGAGAUGUUUGGUGUCUCCUGGCCAGAGGAUAUGGAAUGCAGCAGAUUCCCAGACUGUGAUGAGCCUUAUCCUCGUCUCGUAGACCUCAAUUUAGUUGGCGAGCCAACAGAAGAAACCCCAGUGGCAGUGCAGAGGGACUAUGGCUUUUGGUGCCCCCGGGAGUUGAAAAUAGACCCUGAUCUGGGUUAUUCUUUCCUGAGGGUACGAGACUGUUCCCCUCCUUGUCCAAAUAUGUACUUUAGACGUGAAGAACUCUCCUUCGCCCGAUAUUUCAUCGGCGUGAUUUCCAUCGUCUGCCUUUCUGCUACCCUGUUUACUUUUUUAACUUUUCUGAUUGAUGUCACAAGAUUCCGCUAUCCAGAAAGACCCAUUAUAUUUUAUGCUGUCUGUUACAUGAUGGUGUCGUUAAUUUUUUUCAUUGGCUUUUUGCUUGAGGACCGAGUAGCGUGCAAUGCAUCUAGCCCUUCCCAGUACAAGGCUUCCACAGUGACACAGGGCUCUCAUAACAAGGCUUGCACCAUGCUUUUCAUGGUGCUGUAUUUCUUUACCAUGGCUGGCAGUGUUUGGUGGGUCAUUCUUACCAUCACGUGGUUCUUGGCAGCUGUGCCAAAGUGGGGCAGCGAAGCAAUUGAGAAGAAAGCAUUACUUUUCCAUGCCAGUGCAUGGGGCAUUCCAGGAACUCUAACCAUCAUCCUUUUAGCAAUGAAUAAAAUUGAAGGUGACAAUAUUAGUGGCGUGUGUUUUGUUGGCCUCUAUGAUGUGGAUGCAUUACGAUAUUUUGUUCUUGCCCCCCUCUGCCUGUAUGUUGUGGUUGGAGUUUCUCUGCUGCUAGCUGGCAUUAUCUCCCUCAAUCGGGUUCGCAUUGAAAUCCCAUUAGAGAAAGAGAAUCAGGACAAGCUGGUGAAGUUCAUGAUCCGGAUUGGUGUGUUCAGUGUUCUCUACCUCGUUCCACUCUUGGUUGUAAUUGGCUGCUAUUUCUAUGAGCAGGCAUUCCGAGGUGUGUGGGAGACAACAUGGAUACAAGAACGUUGCAGAGAAUAUCACAUCCCGUGCCCUUAUCAGAUCCCUCAGAUGAGUCGUCCAGAUCUGAUUCUCUUUCUGAUGAAGUAUCUUAUGGCUCUAGUAGUUGGGAUCCCUUCUGUCUUUUGGGUUGGAAGUAAAAAAACCUGCUUUGAAUGGGCCAGCUUUUUUCAUGGACGCAGGAAAAAAGAAGCUGUCAAUGAGAGUCGUCAGGUGCUGCAGGAGCCCGAUUUUGCUCAGUCACUUCUGAGAGAUCCUAAUACCCCUAUUAUCCGAAAGUCAAGGGGAACCUCCACCCAGGGGACUUCCACUCAUGCUUCAUCUACUCAUCUGGCUAUGAUGGAUGACCAGAGGAGCAAAGCAGGCAGUGUCCACAGCAAAGUAAGCAGCUACCAUGGCAGCCUGCAUAGGUCCCGUGAUGGCAGGUACACCCCCGGCAGCUACAGAGGCAUAGAAGACAGACUACCUCAUGGCAGCAUGUCACGACUGACUGAUCACUCCAGGCAUAGUAGCUCACAUCGGCUCAAUGAACAGUCACGUCACAGCAGCGUCAGGGAUCUUAGCAACAAUCCAAUGACCCACAUCACCCAUGGUACCAGCAUGAAUCGGGUUAUUGAAGAGGAUGGAACCAGUGCUUGACUUGCUUUCAAAACAAAGAAGCAGCUCCUGCGACAGUCAUUUCUCAAUGAUGUGAUAAUACUCAGUGUUAUCAUGCUUCCCAUUGGUGCUGAUUUUUUUGUAUCAGGAAGCUGAAGUUUGGCUUUACCGUUUUAAAGCCAGCUUUCUUGUGCUUACAUCAGAGCCAGAAUGCUCAGUGAUCAGCAGUCUGGAAAUCAACAAAAGUAAAAUCUGGUGGUAGCUUUUCAUUUUGAACCUAUCAGUUGGUAGUUAUUAAUAAUUUAUUUGGCAACUUGUUCCCCAUCAUACUGCUGGAUUUCUUAUUAGAAGAUUCCCAAAUGCUUAGAAUUUCAGUAAUUCUUAUCUUUGAAGAGUCAUUGGUGAGAUCAUGUUAAGAGUUCCAAUAGGUAGAAGGAAACUCUUGAAUACUUGAAGGAGUUCUUCCACAAAACCCUUUUGUCUCUGAUUAGAUAAUAAAGUGGUACUUGUCAUCAAGCACAGAGGGAGGGCUGCAUAUUAAAUACUGCACAAAGGACAUCUGUGAAAAAUCAGCAGGCAUUUUUAAACAAUUAUGCUGAAAAUACAACAAAAGAAGGAGCAUUCUGUAGGAAGAAUGGAAACUCCACUGAAGAUUGUCAGUUCUUACAGAUUUAUUCAGGCUCAAUAGUGGGGGUGUGGAGACAAGGAAGGCAUGAUUUUUUUUAACAAAAUUGGUAUUAUCCUUGCUUUUCUACAAAGUACUAUUUACAUUUUCUACUUGUUCACAAUUUUUUUCUGUGGGAGACGUAGAAAAUUCAGUUUGUAGUCAGUUACCUAGAUAAUAUUCAGUUACCCAUUUUUAAAUUAACAUAGAAAAACUGUGAGAUUCCCUGUUCAUGACCUCUCAAACAUACACUGGGGAACACAAUGGGAAUGGGUGAAGGGACGAAUCACCUGAUGAUUACCUGUUCUGUUUAUUCCCUCUGGGGUCUCCUGACAUUGGUCACUGUUGGCAGACAGGAUACUGGGCUAGAUGGACCUUUGGUCUGAUCCAGUCUGGCUGUUCUUAUGGGAAACCUGGAUUUUCCAUUUAAACUAGAAUGUUCGGCCUUUCUCCUUAUGGACCUAUAGGAACAAAUUCUGACCCCAACCCCUACAGGGUGGAUGAAAUGGAUUCAGGGAGUUAUGUGGGGACCCAUCAGGAGACCACCAAACUUUGCUUUGUGAGGGCUCCCUCUAUACUGAAUAUGUUGUAGUGUGGGAGAUUUAGAGGUAGUUGGAAGAUACUGAGGAAGGAAUGGAACAGUGGAUCCAUAAGUACAUAGAUCAAUGAGCCAGACCACACUGUAGCUGUGAGAAGGAGGUGAAAGGGCAGUGAUGGUCAGGAAUUUGCUGCCGUGCGGCAGUCUUGAUGGUGAGGUAGGUUUCUACUUUCCCUGUCAUUAGGCUGCCAGCCCAGUUAGGUGAGGUGUGCACUGGAGAGAGUAUUUGGCCUAUAUUAUGGAUAUCUUCUAUCCAACUCACCACUGUCAUCUGGAACAGAAAACUCUCAGAUAUUUGUAGAAACAAGAAUAAUUUUGCUCCCAUUUUACCUUUAGGGCACAUCAUGUCUUUGUGGACAUUGCAGGCAAAGUUAAGUCAUGUUAUAGAUGGAAGAGUAGAUCUGAAGCAGCUAAGUAUCAUUUACCAUGAGGAAGCACUGGUUACUUUUGAACCUACCUCAGUCAUUACAGUAGAAUACGGCUGGGAAAUGUAUACUUUUUCGUUGACCUAAUAAUGAGUCCCUUUUUUACCUGUUUGAGGCACAACCUCAGGGGCAAAAUAAGGGCAAAAACCUAAACUUCGGAGGCUUUUUGGAGCAACAAGACUUAGGCUGUGAAACCAUUAUUCAUUUUAAUUGUGCCCCAAUAACAUGACAGCAAAUCACUUAGCCAUGUUAGUCUAUAAAAUCAAAGUUUGCUCUGGGAGUCAUGCCUUUAAAAAUCUGUUUAUUAUAAAUUGCUUUUCCCAGCCUGACCAGGCUUUUGCUCCAAAAGAGAGGCAUAAACCAAAACUCAGUACUCCCUUGUCUAUGUAAAUCCCAUUAACAGUGAUAAAAGUUAUUGUGCAAACAUGCCUUGAGGGCAGAAUAGACCUUAUAAUUUCUGUUGGAUUGGCUGUAUGUAUAUCUAACUGCCACAGUCAUGUAUAAUGUUAAGUCUCUGAAUAUUCUAUAUCUAUUUUAAAGCAGAUGGAUAUGAGGUAUUUGAGUGGCUUUUAAGUUGACAGACUUACAAUUCCGUAUUGCCAACAAUGGUGAAACAUGUUCUUGUUUUAAAAUUUAGCUCAAACUGAGCAACUUCUUGUUUUUGCAGAGAGAUGCUAUUUUGUAGGAAUUUGGAUUUACAAAGGGAGUUAGUUAUCAAGAUAAAGUUUUUAGUUUGAUCCUUUUUGCUAUGUUUGCAAUAGUAUUCCAAUAUUGACAACCGUUUUGCAUUAUACUGUGAUUUUACUAACUGGGAAGAGGGGGGUUUGGAAUGGUUGAGGCUAGAGCCAUAGUUUUUGUUUUUAGUUUUUGUUUUAAAUCUCUGUUAAUUUGGUGGCGGGGGUAGAGGUAAUCCACUUUGUGGUUCCAGAAGUGAGAGUUUAAACUUUCUCACUCACCUAUUCUGUACAUGGAACUCACAGCCUAAGUAGUGAUUCAAAUGUAACAUGCUCAUACCCAUUGCUGAUUUUCCCCACCACCACGCUGAUGUAGUCUCAACCCCAUAUUUUAUUAACUUAAAAAUGGAACUAAUGUAAUACCUUGCAUUUCUAAAGCACCUGCCUUCUUACAAUUUCAGAUUCUUUAAAAAACAAUGAAGUAGGCAUCACAGUAAUUGUGUAAAGUUAGUAUUAGAAUUCUCCCCAUUUUACAGUUGGGAUUAGUGAGGCUCAGAGGGUUUGUCACCUAAGAUUACAAGGAAGGCUGUAGCACUGCUGAAAAUAAAAUCAAGAUCUCCUGAUUCCUAGGUCUAGGCCUUAGUCACAAGGCUAUCUAUAUUUGUAUUGCUUGAAUCUAAGCAUUAUGUCCUCAAGGAGUGAACAUCUAGGAUUCUUCUCCUGCAUGCUGCCCCAGCAUGUUUUCUUCGGCAACCUCCUGCUGGCAUAAUUCUGUGUUCUGUGCAGGGCCAGUUCUCCCGCAUUCACAGAAUAGAUGAUUGCUAUUGAUAUUGAGAUGUUCAGUAAUCACUUGAGUUCCAUCUCUGACUCCAGGCUGCCAAAGACAGGCAUUUGCCAGUUUGCCUAAGGCAGUGACGGGCACCUGUGGCCCAUGGACCGCAUGCAGCCCAUCAGGGUAAGCUGAUGGCAGGCCAUGAGAGAUUUUGCCGAUGUUGACUGUCCACAGGCACAGUCCCUCAUAGCUCCCAAUGGCCGUGGUUCACCAUUUCUGGCCAAUGGGAGCUGAGGGACCGCAGGAUGCCCACCACUGGUCUAAUAGCAUCCCUAGAGCUGGCAGUGUUCUUCAUUUCUUAUUGCCUUGGCUACUAUGGCUUUAGCGUGCUUCACCACAGCUUCUGUGGCUGUAAUGAAGCUGGAGUAAUGCUGUCACAUGUUCAAGUCUGUCUGAGAAUGCAAUGUCUCAAGUGUUUGAGGUUAGGAAAAUAUUUUGGAAAAUGUCAAGGAAAAAAGUUGCAAAUUGGUUGUAAAGCAACUUGCCUGCUCUCAAAUGUUGUAAAUAGGUAUUUUCUUAGUUUUUGGUCUUUUAAAUGUAAGUUUUGCUACAGAGGCUUUAGUUGUUAGCUGUAUAAAGUGUAUAUUUGAAAAAUGGAUGAUCAGAGAUUGAUUACGGGAUACUGUUUGUUACUUAUAGGCUACUGGUUUAGAAGUAUCUCAGGUUAGCAGUAAUGUAAGGUCUGCUGUUGAAAUCACUCUAGUGGUCUCAGUCCAGUUGCUAAUGGGCAGGCAUUCACGUCCUAACCCUACGCCGCAAUUUGGCACCCUGCCAUUUUUAACAGAGAGGCUGAAGAUAACAUGGGUAUAGAGACUGAAUUACACAAAGAUGAAGGAUGGGAAAAGCUUGUACUGUACUGCAUUGUACUAUUCUAGAGACUGAUUAGAAGAUUUAAGUUUCUACUACUAUCAGUUUUGGUAGUAAAUUUCUUUAAGGUCCGAGCCACGUUACUCACUCUCUCUUAUUUAUUUCAACUGGAAGAGCCAUCUAAGAAGGCCUUGUAGGCUGCACCAUUAAAACAGGAAGAACAUGGUUGGCAAAUCAUACACAGAUGGGUCAUUGCUACCAGAGAUCCAACUUGAGCUGUGGAAUCUUUAAAUUGGUUUCAGGUAAAACUUUUGUGCUGACGUACCCAGGGCUGACGAGAGACUUUGCUGGGCCCUGGAGGGGAGCAGGCUCCAGGCCCACAGAAGGGGCAGGACUGGGGGCUCCAGCAAACCCUUCAGUAUCACCAGGCCCACAGGGCAUAUGCCAGCGGAAACCCCAGUAGCCAUUUAAAGGGCCCUGCUGCUGCUGGGAUAAUGGUGAUGGCAGCCAGGAGUCUCAAUCGCUAGGCCUCAGGGCAGCUGCCUCCUUUGUCUCCCUGCCGUACCCCCCAUCGGCGGCCCAGGAUGUACCUCUCUUAUGACUGUGUUACAUCGACUGCUUAUGAACAGUGACUCUGAGAUGGGAUAUCUUAGAAGUUGUCAGGUAUAAUGAACAGUCGUAGAUUCUCUUGCUGAAGACCAGUGCAUUGAACAGCCUUCUCAUCUCUUCAGCCGUUUCUGUUGAAAUGUGCAUGUACGUAUUGUAACAUCCGUUUCUGAAUGAGGGGGAAAGCGUUAGUGUUUGUGAGAUUGGUGUGUAGUGAGUGCACUUUGUUAUUAGCAUGAUACUGUACUGAGCAUUCGCUGGUUUUACUUACUCAGUUCUUGGUAGGCUUGUUUACAGUAGGCCAGUGUCCGUUUUGUAACAUUUGAUUUUUAGCACUUUAACGGUGAGUGUACAAAUGGAUUACCAUACAGUAGAUGUACAUUUUGAUUUUAGACCUUUUAAAAUUUGUAAUAAAAUGACAGAAAACUAGUUGUAGAUGGCUUCUUUUAACAGGCGUUGAGUUUAUUUUUUCAACUGGUAUGUAUAUGUAUAGUUAUUUAAAAACACAUUUCAGACCCAGCUGUUGCUUGCAGCAUUUCCAUACUGCUUGUUAUCACAGCUAGCAGUAGCCUGUUGUAAAAGAACUAAACUCUAAAUCAGGGCUGGACAAGAUGCAGCCCGGGGACUGGAUCCGGCCCACCUAAUGCUUGGAUGCAGCCCGUGGACUGCAUCUGGUGAUUUUCUAUUUCUGUCCUGCUGCCAGGGCCACCAAAUUUCCAGGCAGUGGCUCAGUCAGCAGGAUCCUCUUUAAAUGGCUCCCAGUGGUGGUGCUACCUGGACA